CCACAUUCGGCUUGUUCGCGCGUUAUCGGCGCGUCACGUUGUUCGAUUCGUCCUCGAUCUGCGAGAGUCUCUCAUUUGCGAAGUUGGAUCCGGAUCGCGGAGCUUGUCCUUCAUUCUGCUCGCGAUGUCCAGGCGAAGCUCGCUGCUAGUGCCGAUGAAGAGCAUCGAGCGGGAGCUGAUCUGCCCCAUCUGUGCCGAGCUCUUCACACAGCCGCUCAUCCUGCCCUGCCAGCACAGCGUCUGCCACAGAUGCGUCAAAGAGCUGCUCAUGCCCAACCACGACGACUCGUUCAGCACAGACGCCGGAUCCGAGAGCUCGAACCCGGGCAGCCCUCGCGCCAGAGGCCCGUCCCCCAGCACGGAGAAGCUGGAGCGCCUGGUGCGAUCAGCCUCGCUGAGGAGGUCGUUUGGAGGGAGAGGUAGAUGUGGUUUACGUAAUUUAAUUAGCUGUAGUGAGUACUGUGUCUCUAGAACGCUCUCUUCUCGUGCACAAUGCUUUUCGGAGGCCACCAAGAGCUGCAUGGACUGCAAGGCCAGCUUCUGCAACGAGUGCUUCAAGAUGAACCACCCCUGGGGAACGCCCAAAGCCCAGCACGAGUACGUGGGACCCACCACCAACUUCAGACCGAAGGUGCUCAUGUGUCCCGAGCACGAGAUGGAGAAGGUCAACAUGUACUGUGAGGUGUGCCGGCGUCCCGUGUGUCAUCUGUGCAAGCUCGGCGGAUCUCACGCUAAUCACAGAGUCACUUCCAUGAGCAGCGCCUACAAGAUCCUGAAGGACAAGCUAUCGAAGAGUAUCCAUUACCUAAUUAGCAAAGAGGACCAAGUGAGGACUCAGAUUUCUGAGCUGGAGGUGAUGAUGCGUCACACAGAGGAGAACGGGCAGCUCGCCGAGAGAUGCGCCAACGAACACUUCGAGCAUCUCUUCGAGACGCUUCAGGAGCGGAGGACGGAGAUGCUGCGCUCCAUCGAGCAGAGCCGGAGUCUGCGGGUGGAGCGUCUGCGGGCGCAGGUGGAGGAGUACCAGGGCAUGCUGGAGAACAGCGGCCUUGUGGGAUACGCUCAGGAGGUGCUGAAGGAGACGGAUCAGUCCUGCUUCGUCCAGACGGCCAAACUGCUGCACGUCAGGAUUCAGAAAGCCACCGAGUCUCUGAAGACCUUCCAGCCUGCGGCGACGCCGUCGUUUGAGGAGUUUGUGCUGGACACGUCGAAGGAGGAGCUCUUACUGAAGGAGCUGAGCUUCAGCGGCGUUCCUGCGCCUCCAGUGAUCGAUCUCUCUCGCUGCUGCGUUUAUAACGAGGGUCUGAUCCACUGGCGGCUGUCUGAAGACUCUCUGCCCACCGAUCAUCACAUUGUGGAGUUCAGGAAGCUGGGGGCUGAGGAUGAGGAGGAAUCCCGCUGGAGCGCAACUGAGCGUGUUUACGGCUGCAGCACGGUGGUGUCUGAUCUGGCCGGCAACGCUCGCUACGCUUUCAGAGUGAAGAGCUGCCGUAACGGUGUGUUCAGCCCCUGCAGCCCUGAGGUGUCCUUCCACACGCCUCCAGCGCCGGGUAAACGCGCGCGCGCGCACACACACACACACACACACCCGUUACUCCCGUUCCUAAAGCACCUCCUGCUCUGUUUCUGGCUAAUAUUUGGUAAGGAUUUUAAUUUAAUUUUGCUUCCCGUCAGGUACGACCAUGACAGCGGUCACGACAGCGGCAGCGAAGACGCCUGUUUCGAGGUUUCUCAGCCCUUCACGCUGCUCACCGUGGGCAUGGGCCGGCUCUUCAUCCCCAAAGCGUCCGCCAGCGCCGCAGGGGAUCACAGCAGCCGAGUCCUGCCCAUGCCGCAGAGGAUCGGAGUCUGUCUGGACUAUGACGCCGCUCGCGUGUUCUUCUACGAUGCAGACACCAUGCGCUGUCUGUACGAGCGACCGGUGGACUGCUCCGGCACCAUGUUCCCUGCGUUCGGGCUCCUGGGCGGCGGCGCGGUUCAUCUGGAGGAGUUCAUCACGGCCAAGCGGCUCUCGUACCUGUGAGGUGUCCGCUAGCUCUGCUAACUCCGUCUCGUUCUCUUGAGUUCCUCGUAACGGUAGAUCGUCGUGUGGGUCGGCCGGUGGCGUGUCGCUGUCCUAAUAUACAAGUCAGUCUGGUUUAAGAGCCAAAGCCCGUCUGGAGUGCCUUCAGUGACAUCAGUCGAUCAGGAUUUUAACAGACCAUCAGGGUUCACGCAGGGCACCUUAAUACACUGAAAUCUAAUGCAAAGCCUCACGUCACUUUCUGAAGAAUGUGCACUGAUACUGUUAAUUACUUUUCAUCGUUUACAUGCACAA